CGCGCUUCCUUAAUAAUAUAACGGAUUAUAUAUGUAUUUUUUUAUGUAGCUUUGUUCUAAUUUGUGUGUUGACAAUUCAAUUGUCUUAAGAACAGUAAUAAGAGAGAAAUUUAUAAAGUUGAACUUUUAGUAUAGAAGUGAUUGUGAUGUCAUUGAAACCAAUUUAUCUUGAAUAAUCAUAAAAAGUGUUACAAUUUCCUUAUGGUAAUCUUAAGUGUUACAAAUUGGUGUUAAAAAACUGUUUGCUUCUGGGAAUAGUGCGACUAAUAUGAGUAUAUAAACGUUCAUUACAUCAUUAAUAAGUUAAUGGUUGGUUAUAAAAUAAUAAAUAAUAAUUAUACAGAAGAAGUAUUUAAUUUUUGUUAAAUAAUGAAACUUAUUUUAAUAACAUUCCAUUACAAAAUAAUAAUUCCAUAAUAAUUUAAUUAAAUCUAAAAUUAAUAAUUAAAUUUAAUUGUAAUUAAUAUUCAAUAAUCAUAUCAUAAUUAAUUAAUAUCUUCCGGCAUCAUUAAUAUUUAAAUGCACUUAUGCAUAUCUGAAAUAUUGCAAAAAUGAUUUUUUUUUGUUUUUGAAAGUUGUAGCAUAAAAAUAAGUAAAUAUGUGUUGGAAAUAUUACAAAAAGUUUCAACAUUUUGAUCCGGAAAUUAUUCAUAUUUAAAUUUCUACAUUACGAUUUUGAAAGUUUAAACUUUGCAUACAAAAUAAUGAAGUCGCUUAAUAACAUUUAAUUGAUUGAAUUUGUGGAAUUUAUAAGAGAAAAACAAACAAUAAAAUUUUUAUAUUGACAAAAAUUUUUUGAAUCAAAUGUAUUUGGUAAUAAGAAAAAUAUUAAAUAAGAGUGAAAAUUAUAAUUUAAAUGCAAUGUUUGAACAUCGCUUUCACAUUAUUAUUAUUAUUAACAUAAUAAAAUUUAAAAAUGCGAAUUGAUAUUAAUUUUUGGAUUAUUAAUUUUAUACUAAUUGCUGUUAUAUACUCUAGUCUAUUACUUAAAGCUCAAAGUGUGAUAUUAGAUUCGAGAUGUUAUCUCGAAGGUGGCGGUUCAGCAGAAAGUUUUUUUGCAAGUGAAAAUAUGACAGUUGGUUCGGUAAUCGGACAUUUAAGUAUUAAUGGUAAUCCAAGUAUUGAUAAAGGUGAUAUUAAUUUAUCGCUAAGAGAAAAAGAUGCACCUGUUAAAAUUAUACCUGGUACAAAAGAUUUAGCAUUAAUUGUCGCAUUAGAUAAAGAGGGUGUUAAAGGACCAUCAUCGAUUUAUGUUAAUGUUAUAUGUGAUAGAAGGCAUUCUACAGAUCCUAGUUUUGUGAUCCCAGUUAAUGUUCGUGUUACAGAUGUAAAUGAUAAUGCUCCACAAUGGAUAGGUGCACCAUAUACAUUAACUUUAUCGGAGGUAACAGUGCCAGGUACAAGAAUAUUACAAGGUGCUCGUGCUGUAGAUGAUGAUCAGCAAGGACCUUUUUCAACAGUUGAAUAUGCUGUUUUACCUGGUCCAAAUUCAGAUUUUGUACAAUUUUUAAAUCCAUUAGAAGGAACUUUGGUUUUGAAAAAAGCUCUUGAUUAUGAAACAUUGCAAAAUUUUACAAUUCGUUUAAGAGCUCAAGAUCAAGGUGUACCACCAAAACAUUCUGAUACUCUAUUACGUGUUAUUAUUACCGAUGCUGAUGAUCAAAAUCCAAAAUUUUUACAAGAAUUAUAUCGUGGUGAUUUGCCUUUAGACGGAAGGCCAAGUGAAAUUAAAACUCAUCCGGAACCAAUAAAAGCUAUUGAUCAAGAUGAAGGCAUUUGUGCACCAAUACAAUACACGAUGGUACAAUCACCAGAUACAAAAUAUUUUCGAAUAAAUCCAAAAACUGGUGUUAUAAGCUUAAUAACACCAAUCGGUUACACUGACUUUCUUAAUGGUGCAACAUUAGUUAUAAAAGCAACACAAAUAGACAAUCUUGAUAGAUAUGCAUUAACAACAGUUACAACAACAAGACCUGGUACUCAUAGUGGAAUGACUGCAUUAAAUUUUCUUCAAAAGAAAUUCACUGUUCGUGUAAGAGAAGAUUCUACUGUUGGAAGUCGUCUAUUAUCACUGCCUACAAAUAAACCUGGAAAACACUUAAAAUAUCAUAUACCAGAUUUAGUGCAAUCACAAUAUUUUUCAGUGGGUUCUUUAGGUGAAGUGAUUUUGCAAAAACCAUUAGAUUUUGAAAAAAUGACAAAACAUGUUUUUGAAGUUGUGGCUUCAGAUGGUUUGAGUAAUACAACAACAGAAGUCACUAUAGAAGUAAUUGAUGUAAAUGACUGGGAACCGAGAUUUCGAGCUUCACAUUAUGAAUUUAUUGUCUCAAAAGAUAAUCUUGAAACCGAAAGUUUAGAUGGUAUUAAAAUUGGCAAAUUGGAAGCAGCUGAUGGUGAUCGAAAUGACAAAUUAGAAAUAUCUUUAAAAGGUUUAUAUUCAAAUAUGUUUGAAAUAGAUUCAACUGGAAAUAUUUAUAUGAGACCAGAAUCACCAAUAAAUCAAUCAACAAUUCAUUUGAUAGCAACAGCAACAGAUACUGGUACACCGCCAAGAAGUACUUCUGUUCCUGUAACAAUAACAAUGGAAGGAUUAACUUUAGCACAAACAUCAUGGACAGAUAAUAUACUUGGAAUGUUUUUAUUAAUUGUUGGUGCUUUUAUUAUAAUCAUACUUGGAUUAUCAUUUUAUAUAUGUCGUUCGAAAAAACCUGUUAAAUCCAGAAAUCGUGUACAUAGUCAGGCACAUAGUACUGUUUCAUCAGCCGGUUUAGUAACACAUGAAAAAAUGACAACAAAUGGUCAUAAUACACUUGGUGGUAAUAUUACAAUGUCAAAUCCAAUAAAUGGUCAUCAUCAUGGUUCUGGAAGUAGUUUAAGUGCUGGAGCUUCAACAAUUUUAGCCGCAAGCUUAGAACGAGAAGCCCAACGUGAAAGGGAACUUGAAAGACAAAGAGAAAAUUAUACGGCUACUGUUAGAAGUAUAGUUUCAAGAGCAUCGGCAGCACAAGGUGGUCAACUUUAUGAUGGUGAAAUGAUUGAUGGCGAAUCAAUUAUAAAUCCGAAUGAAAGUCCCAAUGGUCCUGCUCAAAAAAAAUUAUGUUGGCCAAAUGGUAAUAAAAAUUCAGAAUUAAUGUCUUCAACAGAUAAUAUGGGCUCAACAGAAAAUAAUUUAACUGUUUAUUUUUAAUUUUUAUUUUUGAAUUUUAUAUGAGUAUACAUAUAAUAUAUAUAUACACGUAUGUAAGAUUGUAUUUGCUAUUAUGUUUAUAUGUUUUUAUUACAAAUAUUUUAUUAUACUUAGAAAAUUUCAUUAAAUUUUAAGAUUUAUUUAAAAAUAAGCAUUUAAAUAACAAAAAUUAGUAAUGUAAUUGUAAAAAGAAAAUUAUAACUCUAACAUAUUAACUGUUUAAGGA